CGGGCAGCAUGGAGGGCGGGCGGCGCGGAGAGGCCGCGGCGGCGGCGGCGGCUGGGGAUGGGCCCGCGCCCGUGUUCACCCUGGAGGAGGUGGCGAAGCGGAACUCCAGCCGUGAGGCCUGGCUGGUGAUCCACGGGCGCGUCUACGAUGUCACCCGGUUCCUGGAGGAGCACCCAGGUGGAGAAGAGGUGUUGCUUGAGCAAGCUGGCAGAGAUGCCACUGAGAGCUUUGAAGAUGUGGGGCAUUCCACAGAUGCCAGGGAAAUGCUGAAGCAGUACUACAUUGGAGAGGUCCACCCGAGUGAUCGUGAAAAGGAGGGUUCUAAGAAUUCAAGUAGGACAUCCUCAGGCCAAACCAGUUUCUGGUCGACAUGGCUGAUCCCCAUCUUUGGAGCACUGGUCUUAGGUUUAAUGUAUCGUUAUUACAUGGCAGAUGGGAAAAGCUCCUGAGCUGGCCUUGCUGGGGCUUCAGACAGCCUGAAAAGAGGGAGAGAGAGUGUGUGUGUGUGCAACACGUGGAGUUCUGCUGCCCUUAGCCUUCCUGCCUUGCUUUUAGCUCUGACUCUGUCAAGUGAUGUUGAUAUCCAUGGGACCAAGCUAAUUCCAAACUUUAUCCUAACUCUGGGACCCACAGAUCUGUUGUACUUCCCUCUUGCAGUGGCAGGGAAAGAGGAACUUCUGUUAUUCCCUGCCCUUGGUGUGGUGUCCCUCACGCUCUCUCUCGCUCUCUCUUGCUCUCUGACAUUACCCCAGACAACCUUUUCUCUCAAUGCCUUUGCGUUAAGCCAGACACCAUCAAAGAGCUGCCCUGGGCCUGUGGCUCUGCCUCAGCCCUGCACACAGUCAGGAAUCAUCUGCCAGUUGUCUCCAGCCCUUGCCAGAAAGGAUGUCCAGAGUUUGGUUCUGCAAGAACAUUCCCAGAGCGUGCAGGCAGCACUAACUGGAGCGGCAGGGAGUUGUUGGUUUGGCCACCUCUUUCUGUUCCUGUCUGUUUUUAACGGUUAAACAAAUACAUGGAUUUUAAAAGUGAUUCCGUUCAUUUUGUAAUAUUUGUACUUGUCCCUUUGGAAUGUAUAUCCUGUGAACAACUUAUACUGAACCCUGGUUGGUUUGGGUGUUUCGUGCUGUGCGUGGCAGAGCCAGUGGGAACUGGCGUGUGGCUUCUGGAAAUGCAGAUUCUUCUUUCUCCCUGAGGUCAUGAUCUGACACAUGUAUGGGAAACUAAACUCAUUCUUACGUACUGUGAAUGUGCACCAGAUGGGGGAAACAAUUAAAUGUGGUCUCUUCUCCCAAAACGAAAAGGGAAAAGAAAUGCAUUUGGGAUUUAGUGGAUAAUGCUGGUUUUGUCUGGGAAUAGAGAAGAGUAUUUCCCUCUUGCCCUGUUUUUGUGUGUUGUGCAGUCGGCCUUGAAGAGCAGACAGUGCACAGUUUGCUUCCUGUGCUGAGGCAGGAACCUUUCCAGCUCUUCCAGCACACUGAUCUGGGACUUUAGGGUCUGCUCAAUAAAGGGAAGUGGUGUCCUGGUGCCCACUGCCCUUCAGCAGGGCUGUGCCACUGACACUGGCUCCCAAUCCAGACCUCCAGCACAGCUGAUCAUCCCUGGGAUUGCAGCAGAAAGGGCAGUGAUACCCUGGGGUCCUGCUGUGAAAACCUCCCAUGGGUUAUGGGGAUUCUUCUCUCUUCCACAAAACUACCGUGUCCUCCACAGGUUGUGUAGAAGAAAUUCUUGGAUGUAGACCUACACUCUGCUUUUUAAAACUGAAGGCCAGGGACCUUGGAGUAAGAGCGCUGCCAGGGCUUCACAUUUAACACAGAACUGUGAACCAUGAACUCAGUUUGGGGAAGUUUAGAGUGGAUUCUGUAUUAGGGAAAGGUUUUGAAGCUGGAAGGCACGUGUUGGCAACAGUAUCACCCUGCUGAGUUGAGGUUGUUCAGGGCAGUGUAAGAUUCCACAAAGGUCAGCUAGUUUGGAUCCAGGAGCACCAGGCUUGCCUGAGGAAUGGGGCAGGUGUGAUGCUGGAAACACACCUGUUUUCUCCACAGGCAACACUUUUACCUGGAUUUAGACUUUUUUUUUUAAUACCCUUUUCCUGGCAGUGUUCUACAUUCAGUUGCAUUUUGGUUGCUCUAAAGAACUUCUUGCCAUUAUUGACCCUUGCUCUGAGCUCUUGAUGGUCCAUUGCUGGGGAAGUUGUCUGUCAAUUCCCAUAUGUUACGGAACCUUUUUUUCCUCUUAAUGGAUUAAUUGGCCAGGGGAGACUCAGUCUUGUUCCAAGGCUUCUUGGAGCUGGUAAGAUCCUUGUCCAGUGCCUUGUGGGACCCCAAGUAGCCUCUAUCUGCACAUGUGCCAGCUCCUCACAGACCUCAGGGUGCUUGAGAUGUAUUUGCAGAAGCCACAUUGAAGUCUCCUCCCUUCUCCAUUAAUGACAAGGGGCAGCAUGUCUGGGAUGGAGGUGGCUGGAGAGACCCCAGUGCUUCCAGGUGUCCUCUGGUGUGGUGGUGACGCUGUCUCUUCUCCUUCCCUUCCUGGCUCCGAGAUGGGUCCCACAGGUGUGAAAGGGCUCGGGCAGCGAGGGAGGCAUUAGCAGAGCUUGUUUACUCACUCUGUAAGGAUUCCAGAGGCAGCUCAGCUCUGUCCCCACGCUGACCCCGCACAGCCCCUGUUUGCCGCCAGCUCUCCCUCCGCACAAUGCCGGGACAAAGCCGUCUCAGCUUUCACCCCGCAGAAACCUCUGUGGGUGGAAUUCAAUCUGGGCUGUGCUCCGCUCCCUUCAGGGGCUGCGGAGGAGAGGUUCAGUGAGGAGCUGGAAAUGCGAGCACGGAGGCAGCUCCUGUGGUUAAUGUGAGCUUGGUAGGGCUGCCUGGGAAUGCAGUGCCAGCCCUUUCUGCCUCUCCACCGCCCCGAGUUCCUUGAUGACGCAGAAUGUAUCUGUUAAUUGGGCUGAUGGCUUGUGGAGGAGGGGUGGGAGGUCUGAGGGUGUUCCUGGGGGGAGUUGGUGCAUGUUCCGUGAUGCAGGCACCCACUAAAUGCCAUUUCUUGUACCUGGAGAUUGUCUGCCUGGCAGGAGGUGCCAGGCUGUGUGUUUGCUGUGUUCAAUAAACUCAUUAUUAUAAACAAA